UCUCUCCCUCUCUCACUGGCUUUUCCUCUUCUCCGUCAAAGCUCACCCAAGUCUCCUCUUUAUGCCCUUGUCGUUUCGCUUCUGAGCCAGAGUUUCCGUCUGCAUUGUGAUAUGGCGUCAGAGGGUGGAAAUGUAGCGACUGAGGGUGUGAAAAGCUUUGCUAGGAGGGAUAGUCUUCUACAGAUUGAGCGUGAUGUUCGAGAAUGGUGGGAAAAAGAAGAUAUUUUCAGGGCUGAACCUCGUGAAAGACUUCCUGAACCGGGUGAGAAGUUCUUUGGCAACUUCCCCUAUCCUUAUAUGAAUGGGUAUUUGCAUCUUGGACACGCAUUCUCACUUUCAAAGGUAGAAUUUGCUGCUGCUUAUCAUAGACUAAGAGGUGCCAAUGUGCUCUUGCCUUUUGCUUUCCACUGCACUGGCAUGCCCAUCAAGGCCUCAGCUGAUAAACUUGUACGUGAAAUCCAACAAUUUGGGGAUCCACCAACUUUUCCCCAUGAAUUGGAUGAGGAAGUAGACAUCACACAAGAAGCUGAGGAUGCAAACGGAGGUGUACCACCCGAUACAUUCAAAGGCAAGAAGUCCAAGGCCAAAUCAAAAUCAAGUGGUCAGGUAUUUCAGUGGGAGAUUAUGCGUAGUUUUGGCCUCCCUGAUAGCGAGAUAUCUCAGUUCCAGAAUCCAUACAAUUGGUUGACUUACUUUCCUCCAUUGGCCAGGGAGGACCUUAAAGCUUUUGGCUUGGGUUGUGACUGGAGACGCUCCUUUAUCACUACUGACAUGAACCCAUUUUAUGAUUCCUUUGUGAGGUGGCAGAUGAGGAAGUUAAAAUCCAUGGGGAAGAUUGUGGAAGAUGUCAGAUACACCAUAUAUUCUCCUCUAGAUGGCCAGCCAUGUGCAGAUCAUGACAGGGCAACUGGUGAAGGAGUUCAGCCUCAAGAGUACACUCUGAUCAAGAUGGAGGUGGUGUCACCUUUUCCCUCUAAACUAGGAGUGCUGGAGGGGAGAAGAGUUUUCUUGGCGGCUGCAACUUUGAGGCCUGAGACUAUGUAUGGGCAAACAAAUGCAUGGGUAUUGCCUGAUGGGAAGUAUGGAGCCUUUGAAAUUAGUGACACAGAAGUCUUUAUUCUCACACAAAGAGCUGCCCUUAACCUUGCAUAUCAGAACUACUCUAGAAUCCCAGAGAAACCCACAUGCUUGGUUGAGCUGACUGGUUAUGAUUUGAUUGGCCUCCCAUUAAGGUCCCCUCUUUCUUUCAAUGAGAUCAUAUAUACCCUUCCCAUGUUGACCAUCCUAACAGACAAAGGUACUGGGAUUGUCACUAGUGUACCCAGUGAUGCUCCUGAUGAUUAUAUGGCCUUGCAUGAUUUAAAAUCAAAAAAAUCUCUUAGGGCUAAGUAUGGUGUGAAGGAUGAAUGGGUGUUGCCCUUCGAGAUGAUUCCCAUCAUUGACAUUCCAGAAUUUGGAGACAGGGCUGCAGAAAGAGUUUGCAAGGAUCUGAAAAUCAAAAGCCAGAAUGAAAAGGAGAAGCUUGCAGAAGCCAAGAAGUUGACAUACUUGAAAGGAUUUACUGAGGGAACAAUGGUUGCUGGUGAGUUUGCGGGGAGAAGAGUCCAGGAAGCAAAGCCAUUGGUCAGGAGCAAGCUUUUAGAGAUGGGCCUGGCAAUUAUCUAUAGUGAGCCUGAGAAACAGGUGGUAUCAAGGUCUGGUGAUGAAUGUGUUGUGGCACUUACCGAU